AGUAAAAGGACUAUGUUAGACACGAGAGAAGUUUUUGAUAGCAGAAAAGAAUUUCGUUGAUUAGUCAGUCGUCGUCAAGGUAUUUACUACUACAGGUGUAAUAAAAGUGAAGGAGGAGUGAUGAACUCUGGAGAAAUUUGUGAGAACCAUUAGAAAUAGUGUUGAGAUGGCGAAAAGAUAUGUGGUAUUGUGUUUCACCUUUGCUUUUCUUUGGACAGUAUGCCUGGCAGAAGUAACAUUCCGAGUGGAUGAAGAGAAACCGAAUGGAACAUUUGUUGGAAAUAUUUCGGAUUCUUCGGAUCUUCAGACGUUGUUAUCUGACGAAGUCCUUGGGUCCUUGAAAUACAGUUUCUUGGUGCAGGGAUAUCCUCACAGUGCCUUGUUUAUUAUAGUGAAUAAUACCGGAAUAAUCUAUACGUCGAAGGUCUUGGAUCGGGAAACUCUUUGUGGAUUUUCGGACUCUUGUGAUCUGAAUCUGGAGGUAGCCGUUCAAUCAACCAUUAGUCAGUUUUUUAGGAAAGAGAAAGUAAAUGUUAUCUUGAAUGACGUGAAUGAUAACAAACCGGAAUAUAGCAGUUCAUCUGUGCAGGUAGAAAUAUCCGAAUCCGUCUCCGUGAAUUCUUCGUAUCAACUUGAAGCCGCUGUGGACAGAGACAUUGGGAACAACUCUCUUAAAGGAUAUAGACUUAUAUCAGAUUCAGAUGUCUUCGGUUUAAAAACAGUACAAACAUUAGACGGUGGAUCAGUUGUCAGUUUAGUGGUCAUUAAGCUCCUUGACCAUGAAAAACGGGACAGAUAUAACGUUACUGUGAUUGCCCACGAUGGUGGCUCGCCACCCAUGAGCAGUUCACUCCUGGUAAACAUCAAAAUCAUAGAUGUCAACGAUAACUCGCCGGUUUUCUCGUCCCCUGCAUACAACAUUAGUGUUAACGAAAUCAGUGCCAUCGAUUCAGUAGUUGUCACGUUAUCUGCCACUGAUGCCGACACUUCAGCUAAUGGUGUAGCUUUGUAUCGUUUCAGUCCCUUACUGAGAGGUGACAUAACUAAGUACUUCAGUAUCAAUUCAACCAACGGUGAUGUAACUGUUAGAUCUCCAUUAGAUCUGGUACAGGGAAAAACUAUGAAGGGGGUAGUGGAAUGUAUCGACCAUGGUUCCCCACCGCUCAUCGCACAAACAUUACUAACAAUAAACAUUGCUGACACCACAAAUGAUCGUCCAAGCAUAAAUCUCAACUUACUCGCUGAUGGAAAAGUUUCGGAAUAUGCUCAGCCCGGUACCACAGUUGCACACGUAGCAGUAUUGGAUCCGGAUACAGGACGUAACGGAAUUGUUCGUUGUUUACUGCAAAGUAAGGUAUUUGAGCUGCAAGGGUUAGAUGUUGAUGAGUAUAAGAUUAUUGUAGCUAGGGGAAUUGAUCGAGAGACCGAUUCAUCAUUUGAUGUGACAUUAACUUGUGUGGACGCUGGAGAGCCUCCAUUGAAUAGGUCUGUCAGUUUCAAUGUUCAGGUUAAGGACGAGAACGACAACAAUCCACUAUUUUCAAAAAGUAUAUACCGUGGUAACAUUACGGAAAAUAACAUGAUAGGGGAUGUCGUUCUUAAAGUAUCGGCUUCGGACAUAGAUACUGGGUUGAAUGGCAAGAUUAAGUUUUCUUCUCCCGAAGUAAUUAUAGAUGUUAAAGAUGCAAAUGAUAAUAAGCCUAUCAUUAUAGCACCUAGUGGGUUAAAUAACUCAGUGUCACUGCCAUAUACUACCCCAGAAAACACCUUAUUAGUCGCAGUAUCUGCAAGAGAUGCUGAUUUUGAAGACAAUGGUGACGUUUCCUAUCUGUUCGCCCCAGGAACCCCCGGACAAAACGUAUUUCAAAUUGGAAGCCGAAACGGAUUAUUGAAAACAAAACGAGAACUUAAAAUAGAAGAUGUUGGAUCAUAUAAUUUAGUCGUGCUUGCAACUGAUGGUGGAGUUCCUCCGUUGGUAGCGAACGUAUCCAUUGAAGUUGUAGUCUUUUCUUCCAAUGAAACAAUGACAGCAUCUCAAUCCGAGGAAAAUGCAUUAGUGGUCAUCAUCUUAGGAACAUUAACAGGUGUUAUUACUGUGGCAGUCAUUAUAACAAUUGUUAUCAUUCGACGUAUGGAUAACAAAAAGAAGCACGAACAAGAGGUUAACCAUUCCAUUAAUAAUUCCAACAGACACAGUUCUGAUGAUAUCCUGAAACUAGGUGGCUCUACAUACUUGUCUAAAAAUGGCGACCUCUCGUUUGACUCCACUCACAGCAACACCAGUGUGAAUGGCUCUAAUGAUAGCCAAGACAAACUUUUGAAAGAGAAGAAACCUGAAAUAGAGGUAAGAGAAGCAUUUUUAUACUUUUUGUUCAGACGAAAGAGAAAGGCAUUUUGA